UCCUCUCCCCUCUCUCUAUAUACAUAUAUAUAUGUAUGUAUAUAUGUGUGUGUGUUUGUGUGUAUAUUAUUCUUACCGGCAAAGACUUCAACUUUCUUGACUAUUUCUUGAACCCACCAUCACCACCACCACCACCACCAUCAACCCUAAACCAUUCUUUGUUACUCUUAAAACAGUCGCCCAUUAUUAGUCUUGUUAGACACCCUUAUGCCAUAUGUGUAUUUCUUCCAAAAGAGUUGGCAAAGACUUGAUCUUUUUGUAAAGUAGUAUAUUUCAGAUCUUCAAGAAACAGUAGUCAGUAUCUGAUAUUUUUCUCAAGGUUCCACGAGAUGCCCACUUCUUGUCAUCUUGGUUGGUCUGAAUCAAUGUUUUGUGUGGAUUUCAACUUCAGCAAGACCUUUGUGCCUUCUUGGCAGCUGAAUAAAGUGGAUUUUUGACUUUUGAAAUUUGAACCCUUUUAACCUAACAUCUGUAUAAAUCUCUAGUUGAUGCUUCUCUUUUCAAGAUUUUGUCUUAAAGAUUAUAUAAUGGGUAGGGUUAGUGUACAUUGUUUGCUGGUUGUGAAAUUAGGGUUUUGUUAAAGAACUUACUAGUGAAGUGGGUAUAGGUUGGUUUUGGUUCAGCCAUGGCUGAAAGUGGUCAAAGUUUUUGAUCCCUUUAACGGAACAUCUGUAUACAUCUUUAGUUGCUGCUUCUCUUUUCUAGAUUUUGUCUUAAAGAUUCAAAAUGGGUAGGGUUAGUUUACAUUAUUUGCUGAUUGUAAGAUUAGGGUUUUGUUAAAGAACUUGUUAGUGAAGUGAGUAUAGGCUAGUUUUGGUUCAGCCAUGGCUGAAAGUGGUCAAAGUUUUGUGGAAUGGAAAGAGGAAUUUGUUUCAAAGGAAAGGGGCAAGAGGGUGGUUCACUAUUUCUUGAAAGAAAAAUCUGGUGAAUCGGUGCUAGCUGUUGUGGGAACUGAGAGAAGUGUUAGGCAUAUGUUUUAUGUGGUUGCUGAGGAGUUCUUGAGGGUUAACGAGCUGAAUCGUUCAGUAAAUGCUGCGUAUAGAUGGAGAUCGAGGAGGGAGGUUGUUAAUUGGCUGACUUCUAUGCUAUCGAAGCAGUACCGGCAAGAUUCGCCUAAAGGAGAUCAUGUUUCAGGAUUCAACACUGUGUAUCAGAAUCGUCCUGCAAGAAAUUUGAAAUUACGCACUCCGGAUAUUGUCUGGUCAGGUGCAACAUGGACUUGUGGUAAGCAACUCAAGCACUUCCCAGCAUUUUGCAGGAACGGGAUUACAAUAGCGGUACAAUCGUUCGUUUUUGUCAUGGCUGAAGAGGGAAAACGUCAUCUUGCAUUUCUUGAAGAUAUGUACGAAGAUAGGAAGGGCCAAAAGAAAGUCAAAGUGAGAUGGUUUCAUCACAAUCUAGAAGUCAAAGGUGUCAUCAUCCUCCGUAACACGCACCAUAAAGAAGUUUUCGUUACUCCUUACACACAAGUUAUCAGUGUCGAAUGUGUGGAUGGUCCUGCCAUCGUCUUAACCCGUGAACAUUAUGAGAAAUGCGUAUCUAACCUUCCUGAAGAUCUGUUAACCAGAGUCUUUCUUUGCUUUAGACAGUUCAAAAACAACCGUGUGAAGCCUUUCAAAUUGAGUAAAUUGCGAGGCUACUUUGAUCAACCGAUCUUUUCUUUUUUGGAUCGUGGGUAUAUCGAAGAUGAUGAAGAUUGCUUGGGUGAUAAUGCUGAAUUGGGAUUGAAAAGGUAUUCUCGAGUGAUAUCGUAUGAGAUUUUGAGGAAGAAGCUCAUCCCUAAAUAUGCUAAAAAUCGGCAGUGGGAUAUUCCGUGUUUUAAGGCUAACGAAAAGGUAGAGUUACUGUGUCAAGAUAGCGGUAUACGUGGAUGUUGGUUCAGAUGUACGGUUUUGCGAGUGGCUCGGAGACGAAUUAAAGUCCGAUAUGAUGAUUUGAUUGAUGAAGACGGAAGUAGCAAUCUUGAGGAAUGGGUUUCUGCUUUCAGAUUAGCUAUACCUGAUGAGCUUGGAUUACGACACUCUGGUCGACCAACAAUGAGGCCUGCGGUUACGCAAGACGAAACCGACGUUGGUUUCGAGGUUGGUUCUGCGGUGGAUGCAUGGUGGAGCGACGGCUGGUGGGAAGGAGUUGUGACGGAAAUAAAUGCAUCAGAAAACGCAGAUAUUCAAGUUUAUAUUCCUGGUGAAACAUUGUUCUUGAAAGUGCACGUGAGGGACGUUAGAUUUUCGAGAGAUUGGGUGGGGGAUCGUUGGGUGAACGUUAAAGGAAACCCGAAUGCUCGGUUGCUAAUAUCUGAUGUAGCUUUGAAGGAGGGCCGGCGUAACGAGAUUUACGCGGAUGAUGUAAGAAUGGAAGUAGUGUAAAUAUUGUAGGAAGAAGAUGAAUGGUGAUGGUGUACAGGAAGGAGGUUAGAUAUAGGAGGGUUAUUGUAAUUCUUUAGUGAUGUUUAGGGACCAUGGAAUCCAAUGCCAUUGGCAUUGAUCUGCUUAGGGAUGCUUGUGGGUUGAGUUGAUCGGGUUAAAGGCAUUUGUACAAUUUAAUCUAAUGUUUGCGGUUU